GUGCCUAGUAUUUUAAACAUAUAAAAUUUUCAAUGCAUAAAGAGGGUGGUCACAAAUCCGAAGAAAUGGGAAGUAAAUAUGUUGUUUCGGAGAAGAAAGAAACAUUACUUGUUAAAUAUAUGCGUGUAGUUGGUGCUGUAGCUUUAUACUGGAGUGUCAGUAUUAGUAUGGUCUUCAUCAAUAAGUAUCUUUUAAAGAGUGAUCAGCUCAAGCUUAAUGCCCCAAUGUUUGUUACCUGGUUUCAAUGUGUAGUUACUGUACUUCUGUGCGUAAUAUGUUCACAUGUAUCUGCAAGCAUGCCCAAUCUCAUGACUUUCCCUUCCACAAAAUUUGAUGCUAAACUGUCAAGGGAAGCAUUACCACUCAGCGUCGUGUUUGUUCUUAUGAUAAGCUUCAACAACUUGUGCCUUGGUGAAGUUGGAGUUGCAUUUUACACAAUUGCACGAUCUCUUGUUACAAUCUUCAGUCUCAUCUUUACUUACUUUAUAUUAGGUAAGAAAACAACCUUGCCAGCAUUAUUUUGCUGUGGAAUCAUCCUUGGUGGGUUUUUCUUGGGCGUGAAUCAGCAAGGAGCUUCUCUAGGUGGUUUGUCUAUUAAAGGGACUCUGUAUGGAGUGUUUUCUAGUGCAAUGGUUGCAUUAAAUGCAAUUUACAUUAAAAAAGUUCUUCCAAGCAUGGACAACAAUAUAUGGAAACUUACCUACUAUAAUAAUGUCAACGCCUGUGCCAUGUUUAUUCCGUUUAUUCUUUUGUCAGAGAUUUCUGAGAUAAUGUCCUUCCCUUACCUGUUCAAUCUACACUUUUGGUUUUUGAUGUGCGUAGCUGGAUUUUUUGGUUUCAUUAUGGGUUAUGUGGUAGGAUUUGAGAUCAAAGUGACUACUCCUGUUACACAUACUGUCAGUGGUGUGGCAAAAGCAUGUCUGCAAACUGUUAUUGCUGUUCUGUAUUCACAUGAAUCUAAAAGUGCUUUGUGGUGGUUUUCCAACAUUAUGGUUCUGUUUGGGACGGGAUGCUACUCUGUUGUCAAAAGCAUGGACAUGAAACGUGAACACACUGCAACUGUUGUGAAGCAAACAGAUGAAAAUGAUAAAUGGUUGAUACAGCGCAAAUAAAUGCAAGACGAAAUAAGAGAAGAAAGUAUUCGGAAACUAUUUUAAUUUAUUUAUUUUACUUUUAUUUAAAAGUGCAAUCAGACAUGGUACAUACAAAGUGAUGAAACAGUAAAAUUGAAAAUACAUACACAGACAAGG